AUGGAACAGCAAUCAUUUUCAACAACUCAAAUCUGUCCUGUGAGUACAUAUGCAGUCCUCGGCGCGCUCGACGAUUUUAAUUUGCUACAACCACUGCCUGUUAUAGAAGAAACAUUCAUUUUGAUAUGGUUCGAUCCAAAUAUUGAAAAUAUGCAUCGUAUGUCAAGUACAUUUUCUCAAAACGUUCACGAUCUUAUUCGAUAUUAUACUGACUUCAAGGAAUGUAUUAAUGUUAUAAAAUCGAUUGUUACAAGUAAAAUCGUACUUGUGACAGCAACCGAAGUAGCAAAAGAUCUUCUUCCCAACAUUGUUAAACUUCGUUCUGUUGACUCUGUUAUCCUCUACUCUACUAACAGCGCAGAUGACCAGUUCAACGCAGAUGAUUAUUCGAAGGUUGUUGGUGGAGUUAGCAAUAUCAACGAAAUUCGAUUCAGACUCGCAAAUGUUGUCGAGCGCCUUGACGAACAUUUACGGAUGCGGCGUUCCUUCCGUAUAUGUAAAUCUAAAACGGAUAUCGUUUAUGAAUUUGGUGACUUCCUGUGGUUGAAUUUUUUAAUUGAAGCUACUAAAAUACUAGGUUGUGGCGAUGGCGAAAUCAAUCAAUUUUCUAAUAAAGGCGAACUUGUUCGCAUCGCUCGGAUCUAUUAUCGUGGUGACUGCAGCACUUUAAAAAAAAUUGAUCAAUUCGAUAUGAACUACCAAUCUCAGUGCGCUCUUCAAUCAUAUACAGCAGUGAGUUUUCCAUUCAAACUAUUGAAUAAAGCACUUCGUACUGAGAAUUGGGAUCUGUUAAUGCCCUUUCUGUUCUUCAUCGUCGAUAUAAAUAAUUGUCUUGCUCUUGAACAUGACAACUUAAAUGAUGAAGGAACGAAUAUUCUUCAUCGAGGAAUGAGAAUGUCACUCGAAGAAUUCGAAAAGUUAGAAAAAACGAAAGGUGAACUCAUUUCAAUGAAUGGUUUUCUUUCUACCAGUCGCUCAAGACAUGUGGCUGAAUUUUUCUCCGGAUCUGCGAAAGACGACCCUGGCACGGUAGCGAUUAUUUUUCAAAUCGAAUGCGACACUGUUAUCUUAGAUAACAAUCUUGUUUUUGCUGAUAUAUCCAAAUACAGUGAUAUUCCCGACGAAGAGGAAGUAUUAAUUAGUAUUGGUGCAGUAUUUCGAAUAAGAAACAUUAAACAAGAUUUAGAUGGAAGAUGGGUGAUAGACAUGAUGGGCUCAAGCGAAAUCAAACCUCAAGAAUUUGCUGCAUCUGGCGCGUGCGAGCAAUUUCAAUGUGGAGGUCGACCUUGCGCUAAGUGCCACAAAUGUCGUGACUGGCAUUUCAGUGGCGACCAAGACUCGUGGAACUGGGUCUGCAAUCACAAAAAUUGGAACGAUGUGGAUUGGCGUCGUUGGUACAAUGACCGUGAGUAUAAGUUUUUUACGAAACGUGGUGGUGCAACCUGUUCGCUCGGUGAUUUUCAUGGUGGUCUUCUUCUUGGUCUUUAUGAUGGUGAUGGUGGUUUUGGUCUUCUCCUUGGUCUCCACCUAUGUCUCUGUGAGAAACAUUAA